AUGGCCUCUCCCCGUGAAAUUGAGGUCACCAUCUACUCCGCCAAAGACCUCAAAAACGUGAACUGGCGGCACGGCCCCAUCAGGCCCUACGCCGUCCUGUGGGUGGACCCCAAAUACAAGUGUUCCUCCAAGGUCGACGAGGAGGGCGACACCUCUCCGUUCUGGGACGAGACUCUGCUCAUCCCCCUCCCUCCUGCUCCCAUCAACGACGACACCGCUCUAUUCGUCGACGUCGUCCACGGCGGCUCCGAGGAGGACACCAAGCCUCUCAUAGGCUCCGCUAAGAUCAAGCUCCGGGAAGUCCUCGACAACGUCGGAUUCGGUGUAAGCCUCGAGAAAACGCUCAAGCUGAAGCGUCCCUCCGGGAGGCCCCAUGGAAAGGCCGACGUUAGGGUCUUAAUCAGAGAGCCACGUUAUCACGUUCCCGAUCCUUACCGGGCACCUCCCUACGGGGUCCCACCACCGGCUUCAAGAGACUAUCUGGCAGCCCCGCCGGCUUAUGGCUACUCUUACCAGUACGCUCAGCCUCCCCCGCCGCAGAAUCCUUACUACGCGGCCCCGGCUUCUGGGCAAUACAGUUAUAACGCUCAGCCGGCGUACGGUGAGGGGAGUGGGGGGGGCUACUACGGGUACGGGCAGGAGGAGAAGAAGAAGAGUAAGUUUGGGGGGAUGGGGACUGGAUUGGCUGUGGGUGCGGUUGCAGGGGCUUUGGGUGGACUGGCAUUAGCGGAGGGUGUGGAUGCGUUGGAGGAUCAUUUCGAAGACGAAGUGGCGGAGAAGGUUGAAGAUGAUAUUGGAUACGACGACGGCGGUGAUGAUUUCUAA